CAACUUCUUGACGCGACAUCCGCUAUCCGCUGCUCUACUGGCUGCAAAACGCACUCGUGUCUGCUCAGCAUAGAGAAGGACUGUUUUAAACCCAGGCGCGAUUUCUUUCGUUUAAUUGCUAGCUACAAUGGACCUCUCAGAGCCGGGCGCAGGUUUAGAUUACGGCGUUGUCGAUGUGAAUGCGCCAUUCACUAAGGCAGAGAGGUUGCAACAACUCAGUGAAAUAGACAAGGACAUUGCAUCCCUUCUCGAAAAAGCUGGGCGGGUCAUCGGCUCCCUGAAACCCAAACCUGACUCCGCCCCCGACCCCUCCGCCGCCGAAUCACAAGACCCUCCACAGCUGGCUGCGUGCAAGUCCGCGACGGACGACUUCUUUGCGACCCUGCAGUCCGUCAAUAUUCGCCUCAAGCGUCAGAUCUACGGCCUCGAGGAGGCUGGCAUCAUCACACUGUCGCAGCCUACCAUCACCGCCGCUGGCAAGACCAAGCCCAAGGGGGAGCUCCCAACCAUGAUCAACGCCGUGGUGCCCCCAGUUCAGCCGAACGGCGUGGGCGGUAUGGGCGCGGGAAACCUCGAUGUCGGAUGGCUCAACAGUAGGAGCAACAAGGUCGACCGCGACAUGGAGGCUGAGCUGUGGGCACGUGCCAGGCAACAUCUUGAAAGUGUCGCUGCUGCAGAUACGAACGGUGCUGAUGCCGCUGCUGAUCAUCCAAUGUCUGGCUGAAAGGCUUUAGUAAACGCAGAACGGCAUGUUUGUUUCAUUCUUUACUUACCUCAUACUCUCUUACCUCUCUCCCACUGCCUAGACCUAGUUCUAGUUCAUAUUGGGAGUAGAUGGUGCAGAUAAUUCUCUUGAAUGUCCGGCAUUUUCAACAGGGGCAUGGCGUUUUAGUUUCAAAAAAGAUACCCCUGGCUUAUCGAUGUAAUUUUUCUCUCUAAUUUCCUAAUGUCUUCACGUAUAUUAUAUAUCUCCA